AUGGGUAUCUCCAUUCAUUGACACAAGCGUCGUGAAACCGGAGGGAAAAGAAGAAAGUAUGAGCUGGGUCGUCCUCCAGCCAACACAAAUAUGGGCCCCCGUCGUAUUCACACGCGCGCGCUGAGGCUGGACGGCGGGAACUUCGCCUGAGGCUCCGAGUGUUGCACUCGCAAAACCAGGAUCAUUGACGUUGUGUGCAAUGCCUCCAACAAUGAGCUUGUGAGAACCAAGACCCUGGUGAAGAACUGCAUUGUUCUGGUGGACAGCACACUGUUCGGGCAGUGGUAUGACCCACUGGGCUGCAAGAAAGAGGCAAAGCUGACUCCAGAAGAGGACAAGAUCUUUAGCAAGAAACGGUCAAAGAAGGUUCAGAAGAAGAUUAAUGGACGCAGAAAGAACAGCAAAAUUAGUAGUUUGCUGGAGGAGCAGUUCUUGCAGGGCAAGCUUCUUGCCUGUAUUGCGUCUAGGCCUGGUCAAUAUGGCAGUGCAGACGGAUACGUCUUGGAAGGAAAAGAACUCGAAUUCUACCUUCAGAAGAUUAGAGCCAAGAAAGGCAAAUAGACUUAUAAAAUAUAUUGCACUUCCAUUCAAGUAGUCAGUACUCCGUUCUGUAUUCAGCACUGACUGCACUUUCACGUUACAAUCUACUUUUCUUAUUUCUUUGUUCUAUUUAUCACCAUCACAUCAGCACAUGUGAGGCCAAAUUAAAAACGUCAGUCGUGUACUUAAUGACAAAAGUGAUUGAACCUUAAAUUUGAACCAUUCCGAUUCCAUGUAAAAAAAAAAAACUGUG